AUGAAUAGUGAAUAUUCCAAUCAAAUCUCUGUUCAUUUAGAAUCAACGAUAGAUUAUUAUCAAGAUAGUUUAUUAAAAAAUAGAACUUUUAAUUAUCAAAAUAAAAUGAAAGAAAUUCGAAAAAUACUUAAUUAUUUUAUACAAAUUUUAAUAAAUAAAAAUUCUCAAAUUGGAGAUAUGACAAAGUUACAAUUAGAAUCAAUUAGAGAAUUUAUUGAAGAAAAACAAAAUAUUACAGAAAUUAUUGAUCAUUUUCUUAAUUUUGAUACUGAAUUUUUAAAAUUAUCAACUAUUUUUCAAGAAAAAUUUCCAUCAGAUUCCGAAUUUCAUAAGAACUUAGGAGUUGCGUUAAGAAAGGCAGUUAUCGAAGGCAAUAUAAUUGAUGUGAAAGUUCUGUUAGAAUCAAAUGUAGACAUCAAUGAACAAGGUGGUGGUAAAAGAACUGCUUUACAUUGGGCAGUUAGAGGAAAACACAAACAUAUUAUUUCAUUACUUUUAGAAAAAGGUGCUAACACAGAAAUAAAAGAUGAAAAAAAACAAAGUUCAGUUGAUUAUGCUAAAGAGUUCAAAAUUGAUUGGAAUUUUUUAAAUAAAUGUCAAAAUAGAUUAUUUGCUAUGCAAAAACUAAAUAAUUUUUUAACUAAUCUAGCAUCAUUAGAUAUCAAUUGGUAUGUCGAAUUUAAACAGAUUAAAAAUUGUGAUUCGUCUUUAUUUGAAAAAGUUGGAGACAAAGAUAUUUAUAAAGUUUUAGAAAUUAAAAAAGUAGAAAGAGAAGCCAAAGACGCAUGUCCUCAUUAUGUAUUAGAUGCAAUUAUAGAAUUAUUAGAAAUUAUUAAAAAUAUAGAAAUAAUGAAUGAUACUAGUGUUAUAGAAAUGAUUAAAUUAAGAGGAGAACUAAUCAUGGCAAUAGGAAAAUCAUUUAAUUAUUUUAAAGAUCAAAUAAAAUAUAAUAGUUUAGAAAAAUUUAAAGAAGAUUGUAUCACUCCAUUUAGAGAUGUAAUAAAAGAUAAUGAUUCUUAUAAAACAUUUUGUGAGAAAUUAGAAAAACUUGAUUUAUAUUUUUUAUAUAAUAGAAAAUUAAAAGAAAUAACACUUGAUCAUGCUUUAGAAUUAUUUCAAGAAAAAAAUAAAACUUUAAUAAACAUUAAAAAUAUUAAAGAAGCUUUUAUAAAAUAUGAAAAAUUAUUUCUAAAAUAUUUUAGUGAUAUUAUUAAUGGGAAGGUUUCAAUUAAGUGUAUAGUUAAAGAAACUACAAAAAUUGCUAGUAAAUCAAAGUUUAAAACAGAAAAUAUCCCAACUAUCAUUGCUGGUUUGUCCGUUGUACUUUCUUUAACAGUCUCGGAUCUUAUUGAAAAACGUCAAGGAGAAUUUGUAUUAAAAGAAAAGUAUAAUGAAAAAUAUUUAUUACAACCUCAUUGUAUUCAAAUUCUUGGAGUAUUAAUAUUAUUAGAGAGUGAUGGAAAUAGUAAUUCAUUUCCUUCUAAUCAUCUUGCUGAGAUUUUAACUGGACAAGGAAAAUCUUGGGCAUUAGCUUUGUUAGGAGGAUAUUUUAGUUUAAUUGGUUAUAAAGUUACAAUUGGUUGUUAUAGUGAGUAUUUAUCUCGAAGAGAUGAAAAUGAUUUUAAAAAAAAUCUUGAACCAUUUAAUUUUGUAAAUAUUGUUAAAUAUAGAACAUUUGAAACAAUGUGUAAUGAGAGAUUAUCCAAUACGGAUAGUGGUAAAGAUUUAAGAAGUAUGAUUUCAAAUAUUUUAUCAGAAGAAAAUUUAACUCCUAUAAAUAUUAAAGAAAAUGAAAAAGAAAAUUCCAUUCUUUUGAUUGAUGAAGUUGAUGUAUUUUUUUCACAUCAAUUUGGUCAAAUGUAUAAUCCAGUAUCUACUAUUUAUAAUGAAAAUAUUUCUCAAUUUCAACAAGAUAUUUGGGAAAAUAUAAUGACUAAUAAAUCUAAUGAAAUUCAAUGGGAUACUUUUCUUGAACAAAGAAUAUCUAAUUUAAUUACUGCAGAUAAAAGUUUAUCAUAUUUAUAUUCUGCAAAUAGUUUAAAAAAUCAUUUAGAAGAAAUGAUAGAUGAUGGUACACAAAUUUAUAAAGAUAUAAAUGAUAAAAAUAUCUUAAAAGAUAAAUAUCAAAUUAGAGAUGAUGAAAUAUAUGCUAAAGAGCCUGAUGGAAAAUAUUCUUCAACUACUUUCUAUCGUUAUGAAAAUAGUCUUUAUUAUUUAAAAUUAAUCUAUGAAAAAUAUGGAAGUUUUAAACAAGUUAAUUUAAAUAAAAAUAAUUUUGGAUAUAUUCUUAUACAUUGUGGAAAGAUUUCUUAUUCUGAAUUACCAAAAUCUUUUAAUGGAAUAUUUGGUGUUAGUGGAAGUUUAACAAAUUUAUCUAAUGGAGAAGAAUCUUUAUUAAAAUAUUAUAAUAUUAAUAAAAGAUCUUAUUAUCCAUCAUUUUUUGGUCAAACAAAAUUAAAAUUUAAUAAAAAUGAAAAUUUUAUUAUUAAAGAUAGUAAAUUAAAUUGGUCUAAUACUAUUGUUAAUAAUACGCGAGAAAAACUGGCUGAAAAUAGAUCUGUUUUAAUAUUUUUUAAAAAUGAAAUUAUACUUAGAGAAUUUUAUAAAUCUUAUUCAGGAGAUUUCGGUGCUGAAGUAUUUUUUAUUACUCAUAAUAAAAUUUAUGAUGGAAAAAAAGAAAAAUAUUAUAAUGAUAAUGAUGUUAAUGAAUUAAUUAAAGAUGAAUAUGCUGGACAUUAUGGAAAAGUAACAUUAUUAACGAAAGAAUUUGGACGUGGAGUUGAUUUUCAAUCAGAAACAAAAGUUAAUGAAAAAGGUGGUAUACAUGUUAUUCAAACAUUUUUUUCUAAAGAUAUUAAAGAAGAAAUUCAAAUAAAAGGAAGAACGGCAAGAAAAGAUGAGUUAGGAAGUUAUGAAUUAAUUUUAUAUUUAGAACAUCUUCAACAAUCAGAAGAUGAAGAAGAAACUCUAAAAUAUGUAGGUAUAACAAAAGAUACAACUUAUGAUGAAUUAGAUAGACAGAGAAAAGAAAAAACGAAUUUAUUUUAUGACAAUAAAUUAGAAGAAAUUAAAAUAAAUGAACAAAUUCAUAAUCGUACAUUAGAAUUUUUUCGAAGAGCAAUGACUGAAUGUAAUAAUAAUAAUCGAGAGACUUUUAUUAGAGAAAUUAUACAAUUAGGAAAAUAA